AUGUAUGCAGAGAAAGUGGUGACCGAGGGGAAGAUGGGGAGCAGGGCCAUCUCUCUAACGUGUGUGCUGACGCCGUGUCGCGUUGCUGGACUGUGUGUGAUCAUCAUGACCCUGGGGGCCAUUGGGGCGGCUGUCUGGGCCGUAGUUUCAUAUUGUACAUUGGAGGAAGAUGCAGGAUUUUAUGAUGUCCAGGUAAAUUCCCCUGACCAGCGUCUUAGAGUGUUUGAUUUGGCCCAAAAAAGAUGGCGACAAGUCUGCUCCUCUUCGGGCAAUGAACUGCUGGCGAGUAUCAUCUGUGAGGAGGUCGGCUUUGUCAGUGUGGUGAAUUACUCCAUCACAUCUGUCCCAGAGGCCAGUGGAGACGGCGGAGAGUUUUUCUGUGUCCGAUCAGAUGAGCUUAGCUACGGCAAGAAAAUCAAAGAUUCACUUUUCCCAUGUGGCUGUGAGAAUAGAGAAGUCUUAAAUGUCUUGUGCCAAGACUGUGGGAGGCGUAGUUUUGCAGCCGAUCGCAUCGUGGGGGGCUUAGACAGCAGACAGGGCAGCUGGCCCUGGCAGGUCAGUCUGCAGUACGAUGGGGUUCACCAGUGCGGAGGCUCCAUCAUCUCUAACCGAUGGAUCGUCUCUGCUGCUCACUGCUUCCCCGAGCGGUAUCGCUUUGUCAACCGCUGGCGGGUUCUUUUGGGCUCCAUCUACAAUAAACCUGUGAACGCGAAUGUGGCUGAAGUAAAGACCAUUGUGUACCACAGCAGCUACCUGCCGUUUGUCGACUCCCACAUUGAUGACAACAGUCGAGAUAUCGCCGUUCUGGCUCUGAGUCAGCCCCUGACUUUCACUGAAAACAUCCAGCCUGUAUGUCUGCCAACAUAUGGUCAAAGACUAAUAGACGGUCAAAUGGGGACAGUCACAGGCUGGGGAAAUGUGGGAUACUAUGGUCAUCUGGCAGACGUCCUACAGGAGGCCCAUGUGCCCAUCAUCAGUGACGCUGUAUGUAAUGCUGCAGAUUAUUACGAUAACCAGAUCACCACCACCAUGUUCUGCGCUGGCUUUGAGAAAGGAGGCACUGAUGCUUGCCAGGGAGACAGUGGUGGUCCUUUUGUGGCAGAAGACUGCCUCUCACAGACAAGUCGCUAUCGUCUGCUGGGGGUGGUAAGCUGGGGGACUGGUUGUGCAAUGCCUAAAAAACCUGGUGUGUACACCAGAGUAUCCCGCUUUCUUCCUUGGAUAUCCACUGCUAUGAGGAAUUACCAUAACUCUCCAGGAGUUCACAAAAUGGCCAGGACUGAAUAUCCAAAACCAAACUUGGUUUAA